AUGGCAUCCCCCGACCCUUCCCCCGCCUCCGAACUCACCGCCUUCUUCCACGCCCACCGCAACACCCCCGUCUCCAUCGAGUUCCACCCCCCGCACACACCCCUCCUCACCUCCGGCCUACACAUCGCCAUCCCCAAGACCCACCUCCUCGCCGCCUUCCCCGCCGCCUACCACACCUUCAGCACGCUCCACCCCACCACCACGCCCUGGAGCGCAUCCGACGCCCGCGCCCUCCUCGACGCAACCCUCAUCCUCAUCCUUGUCGCCGCCGAACACACCACAGCCGUCAACACGCGGCGGCGCAUCCUGCAGCUGGAGCUGAGCGAGGAUGUGGUGACGCCACGCGAGGAGAUGGCGCUGCUGCAGGGCGUGCUGACGAGCCAUCUGGCGAAGCAUAACAAGUCGCCGAGCCUGUGGGGGUAUCGCCAGUGGAUUGUGGAGCGCUGCGGGGUGGGUGUGUUGGGUGAUGGUGGGCUGGUGGGGGAGCUGGAGGUGGUGAGGAGGAGUGGGGAGGCGCAUCCGAGGAAUUAUUAUGCUUGGAGCUAUGCGCGGUUUAUCGUCGAUAAGUUCUACUCGUGCGGUGAUGGGUCUCCUUGCCCAGGCAAUGAUGCACCACCCCCGCCACCGCCGCCGCUGCUGCGGGAGUUGGUGGAGAGCCAUGCGGCAUUGUGCAGGACGCAUGUGUCAGAUACUAGCUUCUGGUCUUUCCUACUGUUCCUGUUCUGGAGAGCGCGGGAAUCGACGUCGUCUGGUGAUGAUUGUGGAUAUAUAUUCAGCAUCACGAAGGACGCGGCGAUCUAUGCGCAUGAUAUGGCCAGAGGGCAUGAGAGUGUGUGGAUAUUUAUACGGACAGUCAUUGUUGAUGAAAAGCUACAACUGAAAGACGCUGAGCGGCAAGAGCUGAUUGGGAUGGUGGAAGGGUGGGUACAAGAGGCAGAGACUGCCGGGAAUGAAGAUGAAGAGCUGGUGAUCGAGAAGGAGGCCUUACGGUGGAUAUCGAGAAGAUCUACUACCGCCUCAGAGACUCCACUGGCGGCAGAGAAGUAA